ACCGCGGCCCGCGAAGGAACUACAGCUCCCGGCGUCCCCUGCGCGCUUCGGCGUCCCGGCUGCUGAGCUGACGUCACCGACCGGGAAAUUAAGAUGGCGGCCGCCAAGAGGAAGCAUGUGACUACGGCGGAGGCCGGGGCACCGGCGGGCUACACAGCCAUUCCAGUUAAGCUUUCUGAGAAGCAACAGUCACCUCACUACCUGUAUGUGAAGGAGCACAAAGUCCGAGAAGGCACCGAUACUACCCACCCUCCAAACCGUACUCUCUUUGUCCUUAAUAUCCCCCCGUAUUGCACAAAGGCAUGUCUGUCCAGGCUGUUUUCCUGCUGCUCGUCUGUCCAGUCUGUGAAUGUGUGUGAAAAACCGGGGCCAGGAGAGAAACCAGAGGCACCCAAGUCCAAAUUCUUCAAUCUCAAGACAGUUACGGGAUUCCGAGUGGCUUACGUGGUGUUUAAGAAUCCGGCUGGGGUACAGGCAGCCAAGUCCCUAUCGCUGCAGGGCCCCCUGAUGAUAUCUUCGGAGAGUCACCCUGUGAAAACCGGUAUCCGCAAGUGGAUCGCCAGUUAUGCAGCUUCAGUGGUGGAUCCGGCAGAGCUGAAGGCUGAAGUGGACACCUUCAUGCAAACCUAUGAUAAGAAAAUAGCAGAGGAAGAAGCCAAAGCGGAGAAGGAGGAGGGUAUUCCAGAUGAGGAGGGUUGGGUGAAGGUGACACGGAAAGGCCGAAGGCCAGGACUCCCCCGGACAGAGGCUGCCAGCUUGCGGGUGCUGGAGAGGGAGAAGCGAAAAAGAGCACGCAAGGAGCUGCUCAACUUCUACGCCUGGCAGCAUCGAGAGACCAAGAGAGAAAACAUAGCCCAGCUGAGGAAGAAGUUUGAGGAGGACAAGCAGAGAAUUGUGCUGAUGCGGGCCCAGCGCAAGUUCCGGCCAUACUGAGCCACUCUGGGCGCUGCCACGUCCUUGGAUGUUUCCGCAGGAGGGCGCGUUGAGAAGCUCACUUCCUAGAGGCCCCUCAGCGGGCUCUGUCUGUAUAGUGACACCGAUUUGUUCCCUCUGCUGUAACCUGGGCCCUAAAUGAGAAAUCCCCAGUGGUUACAAGUGGAGGGUUGGAUGGAGCUCUUCGUGUGCUGAACAUGUCUCUAGUGGCAGCGAGCCCAGCACAGAGACUCCCAUUAGCAUGACUCGUGCUGUUCACAGGCUGCAGCUCCUCCUGUGCUGAGUGGGAUGGGAUCCUCCUGUAACCAGCCUCACCUUUUAUCUUACUGCACUGUCUCCUCUGGACACCCGUCUUAAACCAGAUCCCCCAGCAAGGGAUGAGACCCACCCCCAUUCCUGGACAACCGCAGAAGGGCUGCUGCUGAAUCAAAGGCAAUAGAAAUCCACUGUACGUGAAUUGUAAAUAAACUGCCCCUGUUUCCUA